UGCGGACGCUAGAAAGAAACCAAACCGCUUCUCCUCUCCGCCUCUCGAAACUUCUCCCCUCUCUCCGGCCGCGUCCUAACCCUUCCUCUUCCCCUCCUUAGCCGCCGCGAGCCCGCGACCGAUCUACGCCACCCGCCGUGAUGGACGACAGCUGCGCGGUAUGCGCGGACGCGCUGGAGUGGGUGGCCUACGGGCCUUGCGGGCACCGCGAGGUGUGCUCCACCUGCGUCGUCCGCCUCCGCUUCGUGAUGGGGGACAAGCACUGUUGCAUCUGCAAGACCCACUGCCCCUCCGUCUUCGUCACCAGGGCAAUGGGUGAUUACACGAGAGUGGUCGCCGAUUUCUCUGUGUUCCCCCCUGGGGUAAAUGAGGGAAAGGUGGGGAAUUACUGGUACCAUGAGGAUACACAGGCAUAUUUUGAUGAUGGCGACCAUUACAGGAUGAUACGUGCAAUGUGCCGGCUUUCAUGUAGUGUUUGUGACAAUGCGGAGGAUCAGGUUACUCUUGCUGCUCAAGCAAAGUGCCGAAGCAAGUUCAGUAGCAUCAAACAACUGAAUGGACAUUUGCAUCAAGCUCAUAAGUUGCACAUGUGCACUCUUUGCUUGGAGGGGAGGAAGGUGUUCAUUUGUGAACAGAAGCUUUAUACAUGGUCACAGUUAGCUCAGCAUAUGAAAACUGGCGACUCUGAGGUGGAUGGCUCUGAGGUAGAGCGCAGUGGUUUUGCUGGGCAUCCAAUGUGUGAGUUCUGCAAAAGUUCAUUUUAUGGAGAUAAUGAGCUUUACACACAUAUGUCUAGAGAACACUAUUCCUGCCACAUAUGCCAAAGGCAGCAUCCUGGGCAGUAUGAUUAUUUUCGGAACUAUGAUGACCUUGAGUUGCAUUUUCGAAAAGAUCAUUUCCUCUGUGAAGAUGAAGCAUGUUUGGUGAAGAAGUUCGUUGUCUUCCAGAGUGAAGUGCAGCUCAAGAGACAUAAUGCAAUGGAGCAUGGUGGGCGGAUGUCUCGUGCUCAGAGGAAUGCUGCACUUCAGAUACCUACCAGUUUUAUAUAUCGCAGAAAUGAGGAAGACCAACGGCGUGGCAGAGGUAGGAGGUGUAAUGCUCACCGUGAUGCAUCUGAUGGUCAUAUUUCAUCAUCUGCGCAGAAUGGUAGUGUAACCGUGGACGAUGCCCCUGCAGGCCAAGUUGAUAAGGUUACAGGGUCUUUACAGUCAUCAAGUGUCACUUCUAGUUCUGGGCGAGCAGAAAUUGGCCAAAGCUCAAGGACUGGACGGAUGCUGGAACAGUUGUCCUUUCCUCCUCUUUCAGACCCAGAUAUUCCUGAUGCAAGAACUGAUGCUGUUCCUGAUGAAACCUCAUUUCCUUCGCUAUCAGAGCAGCAAUCAAGGUAUGCACAGGCUCUCAAUCAGAGCGCAAGGGGUGCUGCAAGGCUUGGGGAUGAGUCAUUAUUCCCUCCUUUACCUGGGUCUAGUAACAACAGGGGUGCUGCUUCAACACAACAGGGGCUACAAAGUCUAGCUAAGAGCACACUUGCAGCAAGGCUUCAACAUAGUAAGGGCCCUGUGAAAGUAGUCCAUACUUCUCAGCCCCGUACCUCUGAAAAUCCUGAAUUGCUCCCUUCUGUUUCAAGUUCCACCCAGACAUGGCCUACACCUGAUCAGGGGCUACUCCUGUCUGGUUCUUCUCAGCUUCGAAUUGGAUCUAAACCAAAAAGAGAAAAUGGGUUCAUGCCAACUGUCUCCAGUAACUCAGCAUGGAAUCAUGGACCAAACAAGAUGAAGCACUCUGUUUCUACUCCUAAUCUUGUGUCUGGUGGCUCUGGCCAAGCAUCAUCAAAUACAGCUUAUUAUUGUGGGAAUAAAAGCCAAGAACUGCCCCAAAGUAGCCAAACUAUGCCUGCUGAUGGUGUCCGAGCUGCAAACAAAUCUCUUGUUGAAAGAAUGCGUGCUGCUUUAGGAAUGGAUGAGGAUAGGUAUUCGGCAUUUAAAGAGAUUGCUGGUGAAUACCGUCAAGGUAUCAUAGAUACUUCAGAGUAUCUUUCAUAUGUUGAGCAGUUUGGACUCUCGCACCUUGUUCCUGAGAUGGCAAGGCUAUUACCUGAUCCUCAGAAGCAGAGAGCACUUGCUGAUGCAUAUUAUACCAACAUACAGUUUAAAAGCCUCCAAGAAAAUGGCGGAUGUGGAACUAGCUCGAAAGAGGGUAACAGUAAAAAGAAGGGGAAGGGAAAAGCUCCUGAUGUUUCAGAAAGUAGUGCUGCUAAGGCUGCAAAGGAUUCUUUAGCAGAUAGCUUUCUGGACACUGUAAGAAGGCUUCAAUCAAACCACCAUGCUCAGGAAGGAGAGUCUGAGGUGCUCUCAAGGGACGGGUAUCGACCUUCCAAGGGGAUUCAAUCAUCAGCUGGAUGUUCAUCUAGUGCAGGUGUGAGUCUAGACAAUGAUACUGGUUCCAUUUCAAAGGCUUCUGGUGCCAAAGAUAAUGCGGGCAGGGGAGGAGGGAAUAGCAGAAGUAACAACAGUAAACAAUCAAAGAAGACAUCAAAGGUUCUCAGAGCUCGUCUAGGCGACAACUCAUUAGCUACACUUGAUUUAAGUCACCCUAGUGUGAGUACUGAACAUCCAGAAAGGGAAUCACAAGGCACACAAGCUCCACAGAUGGGAUUGCCUGUGCGAGGUGUUUGGAAGGACGGUGUGGGGCAAAAACUCUUUUCAAGCAAUGGAAGGAAGUAAAUGUCAUUUUGCAGCUGUAGUGAUUCGUGUCUAUAUAGCUGGUCAACAAUACAGAUGAAUCCCAUUGCGAAAUGUGAACAUUUUGUGAUCGGUGGGUUAGCUAGUCGGUGAAGGUGACGUCAUGUAGAAGACUUCUGUGUUUGAAUUAUGGUUCAUUUUCUCAAUUUAUCAGGCCAAACUAGUGAGGGCGGAACCAUGAAAAUGUCAUGGCGUGAUAUCAUUUUGCCGGUUGGUAAUAUCUUGGUUGUAUCUAUGGGUAGACAGGAUAUUACAUGGGCUUUGCGAAGAUUCUGGUUUGCACGGGCACUUAUAUUUACUGCCUGUGGUCAGAUGUUCAUUACCGUAUGGAUUCAUACAAGUUCUUAUUUCUGA